AUGAAUUCUUUAAUACAACGUCAUUUAUCGAUAUUAAAACAAUUACGUAAAGAUCAAACAAAUGUAACUAUUGAAAAUCUUAUAGAAAUGUUCGAUGGUAUUGUAUUAUGUCUAAAUGGAAUGCGAAAUCGAGUAGAUGUUUUUCGUGUUCUUUCUUCAAUAUGCAAUGAUCUAUCAUCGAUCAAUACAUUAAAACUGUUCGAUAAUGUUGAUCUUAUGAAGCAUGAAUUUUUGCUUAUUAUUGGACGAACUUUUGAAAUGUUAUUGACCAAAGCAAGAUAUAUGUUAAUGACAAAAGAAGAAGAAGAAUGUUUUCAUGAGAUAAGUUAUUUAAUAACUAAUUUAUGUCUUUAUAAAAAUAAACCAAUCAAAUGUUUCUAUACGGCCAGUAAUGAACUAUUGAAAAUGAAUGAUUUAAAUCAAUUAGAUGAUCAAAUAUCUUAUCAAAAUAUAUUUCUCAUAGAAACUUUGUUUACAAAAUUAAGUUCAAUUAUCAAUAAUGAUUUAUCAGUAAACGACUAUAAUUCAUACCAUGUUAAAUAUAAAGCUAUCGGUCGUUUGAUUCGCCUAUGUACAAAAUUGAAUGAUAUAAAUUUUCAUAUUUUAAUCGAUCCUGUACUCAAUUGUUUACGCUCAAAUUUUUAUCAUGAUUCUUUUCAAACAAUCGAGCCAUGGCAAACGAUUUUAACACCCAAACAAUUAUUUUUCAUACACGAUUGCCCAGAAUUUAUUCGUUUACGUGGUCAAAAACGGCAAGAUGAAAUAUCGAAUUUAUUAUGCAAAUUAUUUAUAGAAUACUCUAAACAAAUAUUUGAGCAACAUUUAUCAAUGUUACUACAUGAUGAAGGUAUUUUUAAUCUUGCGAAAAUGCAAGCAAUUGCUUGGCAUGUCGAAUUUUUGAAUCAUUUGGCUUUAACACCAAAAUCACGUGUACAUUAUAUAACAGGUAUGAAUCAGCACAUGAGAGAUCUUCUAUAA